CCUGGAUCUGCAAAUAGAGUCCUACAAAGUCGGUGUCCUUCGUGCUUCUCCCUGAAGGAAUGGGGCCGUCCACUUGCUAUUGGUGGGGAUGUACAGUUUGGUGCUGAUGGUUGCAACGGACCGUCUUUGUUCAGUCAGGAGUACUUCUUGACACCUGAAGAGGUUCACAAGGUCAAAGAAACUGUGCUUUUGGCAAGGAAAUCUCCGAAGCCCCUAAAAGAGUUUCCAAUUUCUGCUGAUAUUGUGGAGGCCUGUGGAGAGUCAUGGACUGCUGCAAAUGAGAACAAACAAAAGGGGGACCCAAAGCGCUAUGACUCCACUGGCAUCUUUGCACUGACAUGUCGUCAUUCACAAGUCCUGUUCAUGUGUGACAUAGACACACCAGGAGAGCAGCAGCACUACAUAAUUGCGCUCUUGGAGAAGGUGGCUUCACUGCUGCCAUCCAAUGCGACCAUUACACAAUGCUAUGAUAUUGGUUGUGUUCUUGACCGGAGUAACAAUCUGUUCCCUAUCCUUUCUGCCCAUCUGCGAUCUCGUGUAUCAUUCUCUCUGAAUGUGAUGCAUGCAUUUGGUCAUCAAUGGGUCUGCCAAUUGAUUUUCAACCCACGCAUGAAGUCGGGUAUGGGUCUUACUGAUUCAGAAGGUGUAGAAAGACUUUGGUCCAGGAUACGAAGGUUAAUUCCUCUGACUCGAAAUCAAUGGGUAUCUUCUUUAAAUCCUUUUUGA